AUGUGUAUUCUCUAUCAUAGACAAAAUGGAGGUGAAUAUGCAUUAUGUAUUUUCAAGGAUAAGAAAAUGACUGAUCUAUGUCCUUUGACUAUUGAAAAAACAGAAAUAUCCAUUGUUUUGAAUCCAAGUCAGAAUAAUAAUAAUAGCAAACAGAGAUCUGUUCUUCAAAUUUUGAGUGAAAAUUUACAAGGAAUGAAUGUGGAAUAUUACUUGCAAUUUGAGAGUGAGUUGCAAUUAUUGUCAGUUUAUACAGCACUCGAUAAAUCACUAAUGUAUAAUGGAGUGGAUAUUAAGGAAUCGAUACCAAGUUUUAACUCACUCCUCAUUACAUACUCUUCGAGACAAAUGAAGGAUGAGGUGACAUCUCCAAGGGCUCCUGUUAAAUUCAAGUGGUGUGAAAAGUAUGUGGAACAGUAUGCUUCUGGAUCGACAAGUGUUGUGACAGAGAGUUUGAGAACAAAGUCAACUGAAAAGAAACAAGUCAAAUCAUUUAGAAAAACAGAAGACAAUAACGAUUCAUCUGAUUCGAGUUCUGGAAGAGGAGCCAGACUUUCACAAACAGAUAAUUCCUAUUCUCCAGUUGAUGAUACUAGACGCAGAUAUUUGGAAGAUAAUGAUGACUCACUUGGCAGUCGUCACUAUAUUCCAUCUGGAGAUGAUAAUACAGACAGCGAUGGUGGUAGAAGAAGACACAGAGAGGCAAUCAUUGCAAAAUCCUCUCCUAUUCAAUCUUCUCCACUCUUGGAAAGAAAAUUUUCUGAAGAAGACAGAUACAGACCUACUUCCAAUGACUCUGAUGGAGACAGCUCUCCAACGCCAAAAAUUCCACCACCUCAAGAGCAACAACCUACUUCCACCAACUCUUCAUCAACAAUCCAAGAUUCGUCAAAUAAUUCAACUACCACAACACCAGGAAAGAAGGUUAUCAAGAGAGUCAUUAAAAGAGUUCCUGCAAAGAAUGCCACAGAAUAA